GAGCGGCAAGCAGGUGAGCUCGGCGGCGUGCUCGGGCCCCCAUGGGCCUGGACCUCCUUCGCACUCCCAGGGAUCGGGAUCGGGAUCGGGGUCGGGAUCUGGGCCGGGCCGCGUCCCCGAGCACCUUUCCCAGCCCGGGAAAUUCAAAGGAGUAAGCAGGAAAUUCACAGGCGGUCUGCACGGCUCAGAAACACUAAAUACAAAUCUGCUCCAGCUGCUGAAAAGAAAGUUUCCACCAAAGGAAAAGGAAGAAGACAUAUUUUUAAACUAAAAAAUCCCAUCAAGGCUCCCGAGUCUGUUUCCACCAUCAUCACUGCAGAAUCUAUCUUCUACAAGGGAGUGUAUUACCAAAUUGGUGAUGUUGUUUCGGUGAUUGAUGAACAAGAUGGAAAACCUUACUAUGCUCAGAUCAGGGGCUUUAUCCAGGACCAGUAUUGUGAGAAGAGUGCAGCACUGACGUGGCUCAUACCCACUCUCUCUAGCCCGAAAGAUCAGUUUGAUCCUGCAUCCUAUAUCAUAGGCAAAGGCUUCAGUUUGCAGUUUCGAGGGAGACCAUUAGGAACAGAAGUGGGAAUCACUGAUGGAUGUUUCUUAUUCAACAUGGAGCAGACCAGUGUGGAGUAACUGCCCAUCUACGAUCAGCAGCGCUACACUCCUAACCUCAGCUUGCAACUUCUCUGUGUCACCUGUUUAGCAGAAGCUGGGUGAAAGGAGGUCUGUAACCAAAACAUGACCAACGAAGGUGUAGAUUCAGAGUAGACUCUCCUCCCUCCGCUGAAUGUUCUCUCAACCAGGCUUAGAUUUCAGAGGAUCCAGGGCCAGCCUCCGGCCAUUUCCCAGGAACCCUGGAAAGCAACUAGAUUGUCAGAAAUACAGGGUCUGAACUUUCACUCCUGGAGACACGGAAGCCCACUGUGACCCACCCUAUCAGAGUGAAUGCAUCACUGCAUUGAGGGGCAGCCCUGACAGGAGUGGAGAUGUCCCAAGGGAGAAUUUCUAUAUUCUACAUGAAAAUUGUACGUAUUAAUGGGGUAAAGUGCUGUUUCAGGUUACCUGUGCAUUGUGUGGUGUUCAAGCAAGAU